AUGAAAUCAAUUGCAAUUCGAGAUGAUGGCUAUUUAAAAGUUGGCCGAUUCCAUAUUCGGGCAUACUGUAUUAGCGUCAUCAUGAAGCUGGUGCUGCUCGUCGCUCUCGUUCAUUUCGUCGCCGCUGAGCAAAAAUGCGCCAGCGAUUUGAUGCCUGAUCUGAAUGGAAUGUGCCCUACUGGAAUGACGUUCAUGCCAACUGAAGGAGCUUGUUGCAACGAUGCCGACAUCUACACUGUCACUACCACCACGACGACGACGACGACCACAACGACGACCACAACACCGCCACCGACGACGACAACAACAACCACCACUCCGGCAACUCCCGCUGUUGAAUGUGUCGAUAAGAUAAAUCCAAAAACCGGAACCAGUGAUUGUCCCGGAAUGACGGCGUAUUGCAGCAACUCCAUUUAUCGGUCGCUUAUGCAAGAUCAAUGCCCAAAAUCUUGUGGAUUUUGCAGUAAUUAUCCUGAUUCACCGACUACUGCUGCUCCGAACCCAACGAUGAACCCGAUCAUGUGUGCGGAUAAGAUCAAUCCAGCAACUGGUGUCAGUGAUUGUCCAGCUAGAACCGCGUUGUGCACAAACCAAAUCUAUCUCGAUCUCAUGAAAGACCAAUGCCCAAAAACUUGCGGAUUUUGUAAUGGAAAUGGGACACCAUCGCCAAUCUCGCCUGUUACAGUUGCACCAGUGACACCAGCGAAAAUGUGUAUUGAUAAGGUGAAUCCAUCGACAGGCAUGUCGGAAUGUAGUGCGAAAGCAUACUUGUGCACACAGCCAGCCUACAAGUCCGUAAUGCAAGAUCAGUGCCCGAAGACGUGUGGAUUCUGUUAA